AAAUAAAUUUUUUUUUGUACUAUUUCUUGUAAAAAAAAAAAAAAUGCAGCAAAAUAAACAACUAAAGUAUGGUUUAAAUUUGUCUGUUAAAAAAACUUUACAAAGAUCUAUAUUUGAUGAAGAUGAAGAUAAUACUACAACAAAAGAAGUAAAUUCAACAAGAAGAGUUAAUAGAACUUUAAUAAAUAAAGACACUUCUUUAAGUAAAUCUGUACAAGAACAACAUAAAGCUGCUUUGGAGGAAGAUCCUACAGUAUUUUCUUACGAUGAAGUUUAUGACGAUAUGAAAAAUGCUGAAAAAAAAACAAUACAAGCACUUAAAGGAAUUAAUAGCGCUUCUUCUAAUAAGCCUAGAUAUGUAAAUGAUUUAUUAAGAGCCUCAGAAAUACGCAAACGUGAUUAUACUCUAGCGCAAGAACGUAAAAUACAAAAAGAAAGAGAAGCUGAAGGAGAUGAAUUUGAAAAUAAAGAAAAAUUUGUUACUCAAGCAUAUAAAGUACAACAAGAAGAAUUGAAGAAAGCUGAAGAAGAAGAGAAAAGACGAGAAAAAGAUGCAAAUGGUUCAACAGAUACGACAAAAUUUUAUCGUAAUAUAUUGGAUCAAGCUAGUACAGCAAAAACAGCAGCGAUAGAAGCAAGUAGAUCAGCAUUAUCAUCUAAUAAAAAAAGGACAUUAUCUGAAGAUGGUGAAUAUAAUAAACAAAAAACUGAUAAAGAACUUGCAGAAGAAGCUCGUGCAUCUGGUAAAAUUGUAAUGUUAAAUGAUGACGAUCAAAUAGUAGAUAAACGACAAUUAUUAUCAGCAGGGCUAAAUAUAUCCAAAAAGAAGAAUUCUAGUUAUUCAACCUCAUCAUCUUCAAAAGAUUAUUAUGAUUCUAGAUCUUAUAAUAGUAAAAGAUUUGGUGAAAAUGAUAAAUCAAAAUAUUAUGAAGAAAAGCGUAGGCGUGAAAAACAAAGUCGUGAAUUAGAAGAACAAAUAUUAAAAACUCAAAGGGAGAAGGAAGAAGAGGAAAGUAAGAAACAAGAAGAAUUGGCAAAGAAAUUCGCUAGAAAAGCUGAUGAGAAAACAAUUUCUGAUGCUAAAGCGAGAUAUUUAGCAAGACAAAAAGAAAAAAAAGAAUUGAAGAAAUUAAAAAUUGAAGAGGAAGAACUAUAAUAAUAAUACUUCAUAUUUUUUUUUUACUAAAAAGAUUAUUGAUUAUUUUAUAAUUUUUUUUUUU